CCUCUUUGUGUGCAUACUAUUACUUCCGCUCAUGACUCGCUUGUUGUACUUUAGUUAUGAAUAUCUACUACAAUAUUUUAGUCUCUUGAUGUUUACCCUAUGAUCAGAUACCCAAAAUGCCGGCUACUGGAAGACCAAAUACCGACUACGAGCGCUGGCUUCAGCAUCACAAUCCAGACACUGAAUUUCAAACCAGUCCACAAUACGGACCUCAUCAUGGCAGUCGCUCUGGGAAAUAUCCCCCUUUUCACACACCCAAGCCUCGCAUACCCUUCGCCGAACCUCAAAUUCGGUUUUCGCCCACAGAAAAGGAGCUUGGAUCUUCUCCCAAGGAGGGCUCUAACUCAUCGACUAUUAUCUUGCUGUUGAUCUUCAUUAUCCUGGUUGCUAUUGCAUAUGCUCGGACGCAACUUGCGCACUCCUCACGAGGCCCGCAAACUACGAAAAGAGGUGAAAAGAUUUGAUAAUUGGCUACGGCCGUCAUGAGCUUGACAUUAUCUUCUGGUCCACUGCAUCUUAUUCCCAAAAUACCUGUACCGGUUGGCAGGGAGACACCUGGGCGGAUCCGAUUCAAGAAAUUCCG